AUGACCGGAUUAGCAGGAAAAAAGAGAUCGGCCUCCCCGCCGGACGGCGGUGGACCACCAGCAAAGAAAGUUGCCCUCGGGCCUCCUGCCGAGCCUCCUCAGAAGAAUUGGGAUUUCACGAAGAUAGAGGAUAUCCCUCAGUCUAUAAGAGCCAAGAAAGUUGCAAAAUUUUCUGUCGAGGUAGUAUAUAAAGGGGAAAAUCCCAGCAAUAAGGAACACCCGACGAAUCACACUAUCACUAGGCUGACUUUCCAGCAUAAACAAGAACAUGAUACUGCAUAUAUGGUCGCUGGUACCGCGGGACUUACAAUCGAUCUCCAGGUUGAUCUAACGGACCUAGCGGGUCAUCUACGGAACGCUGCCGAUGUGCAAGUAAAAACAUUCACGUAUGAUGGCGUGCACAAAAGGGCAGCAUACGCCUUUGAUGUACCCAUGAGAGCUACCAGGAGGGGCAGGGUCGGCAGAAGUUCAGGCAAGACAGUCAAAGACUUCCUUGAGGUCAUUUCAGCCAGCAAUUUUGUCCCGUGUGGAUUCAAUAUCGAGGACUAUAAUAUAGUAGGCUGCAAAGACUUUACUUCUCAAUAUGUCUAUCGUCUGAACGAGGCCAAGAUUCUCGAUAUCCCGGCUGCUACUGCUCAGGACUUUUACGACAGGUUCAAUUACAAUCACACGCUGCCUUUUCAUGAUGAGCGGAAAGAGGGGGAAGAUUAUGUGCGAUUUAAGGUAAAUGUCGGUCGUGCUGUAUGGAAUCCUAUUUCUGACGAGAAGCAUGUUGACAUUCCUGGUAUCGUUUAUGUGGGGAGACGUCUUAACUGGGACCCAGUAACCAAAAAGUACGGUGGCAAAGACGUACAACCUGAUGAUCAGAGUUCUAAGGUGAGCACAUCUGAGACUUCUGCGGGCUCUUCUGGCUCACUCUGA